CGAACGCACCGGAAGUACAACACUACGUUACCAAGGAAAACAGCAAUGGCGGCUCCAGCGCAGAAAGUUGAGAUCUACGGCUUGCUGAACAAUGUUACCUACCAGAGAGCUCGAUAUUGUCUCGAGGACCUCGUCAGCAAGUAUGGUUGUGAUAUAUUUGUGGAACCAGUUAUAAAUGGAUUGCUGGAGUUUGAAUGGGAUAUGUUCAUCGACGCAAAGAAAAAGGAAUUGCGAGGAGAAACCUGGACAUUUGAGGAGAAAGCUAUCUGUUUUGUGAAUGGAGAACUGUUGGGAGGUCCAGAGAAAUUUAUUGACUGGGCGGAGGAGAAUUUUGGGUUUGAAGAGUUUCGACCACUGCCUCUGUACUCAACAUUAACUGAGGAGUCCUACAAAAGCUACCUUAACUCAAAAAAUCAUGAAUAUGUUUACAUGGAUAUAGCGAUUGGAGAGAAAUCCAUUGGUCGACUGGUGAUAGAGUUAUUUACAGACAUAGUCCCUAGGACAUGUGAAAACUUUAAAGCACUCUGUACAGGAGAGAAGGGAACGUCACCAGACAGCGACUACAGACUACAAUUCAAAAACUCACUGUUUCACAGAAUAGUCAGGAAUGGCUGGAUACAGGGUGGAGAUAUAUACCACAGUCGAGGAAAUGGUGGAGAAUCUAUUUAUGGACCAGUGUUUGAAGAUGAGAACUUUGCAGUUUCACAUUCCAAGAGAGGUAUUAUUGGAAUGGCCAGCAGGGGGCGCCACACAAAUGGUUCACAGUUCUACAUUACUCUACAGCCAACGAAAUGGAUGGACACCAAAUACGUGGCUUUUGGACAACUCAUUGAAGGUACAGAAACACUACGAGAGAUGGAGGCACAGGAAACAAUGAACGAGCGACCAAACAUGGACAUUAAGGUGACAGACUGUGGGAUUUGUACCUACGAGUUUUAAACAACAUUGUGAUUGGCCUUGAUGAAAGACAUCUGGAUAAAAUAAAUUCCUGUGAUACAGAUCUAUACAAAGGAAGAUCAUGAGAGAAAUUUCAGUGGCAAGAAUAUUUAUUACAGCAACGUAAAGGCGGAAAAGAUGAAAUAUAACAUUUCAGGAGUAUGUCUGUGUUUACAGCAUCAAAACCCACAUGUGAACUAAUGAUAUACUAUUUUAUAUCAAAAGAAAUUGAACCUUUCUGUAAACUGUCUGAAAUUUAUUGAAGUAGAAGAUGUGUUUAUAAAGAAAAUAGAUUAAUGGUUUACAUAUUUAAGAUACCUGAAAUAUUUGAAGAACAUUUCAUUCUAAGAAGCAUUAUUUUGAUGUUAUCUGUUUUCCAUUUGAUAAUUUGUACAUAAUAUGUAUAUCAUAUCUUUAUUGUAAAUAUCAUUUGAUAAUGUAAAAUAUUUAACAAAACUAUUUAAUGUAUUUUUUUUCUUUCUGUCAUUUAUUAACAUAUACACACUCUCAUAUACGGUAUUGGAGAUCUCUGCAAAUCGACAGAUUCGUUUUCAAUUAGCUAGCGAACAUUAAUGAAAUAUCUUUAAGCUUUAAAUGAUAACAAAUCAUGUUAAAUCUUUUGUACUGCA